UGUUGUAGGUAGACUUCAAGGGUUGAAUAGAGAGGAAAUUUAUAUACAACGAUACGGUGCGUAGUGUUGAUAAAAGAUUAAUCCCCCUUGGUGUUUUUAAUCCUGGGGUGAAAGCGACUAGGCACUUUGAUCCAGUGUGCGUGUGUGCCAGUGUGUCUGCUGGUGUGUGUGUAAUAGUCCAGGGAGAUUUGGCGAUCAAGAAGUUUUAGAUAGUUGUAGUUAGUGUCUCGCCAUUUGUAAGAGAUUCGUAGACUCCGGGACGACAGUAUAAGAAGUCAAGAUGAGUGACACCCAAGAGCAAAGACCCAAAACCACCCAGGAGACACAGCGGCCUGGCUACAGCCGCGGGUCGGAGUCGGAGAUGACCAUCAAGUCCAGAUCCGCUGGCGGAAAACGAGGCCGCGCCAACAAGAUCUACCGGACACCGGUCACCCCGACGCCGGACGAGCUCCUGUUCAAGGAGAAGACCUUCGUCCUGGACUGUAACGCCACCAGCAGCAUAUCACGUGACUACUGCAAGGCCAACCCCAAAUUGGGGCCAGUCAUCCCGCCUUACAACUCCCAGAGAGAUAGGCACGUAGGAAACUACUUCAGGUUCUACGGUGUCAACUCCACGCUCAGAAGGACAGGACAGUUGCAGCCAACAUCAACGUCUAUUGAAGGCCCAGUGCUCGACAGAUUCCACGAGAAGGGGGCGGGGUUCAACUACUUGUCCUUGAGGAACCAGAAUGGAGCAGGUCACUCCCAGGACACGAUCGAUGGACAUGCGCAGUUCAUGCAGGGCAUCCGCUGUGUGUCCGGCUAUAACGGCAAGUACGGCUUCCGGCGGAACACACCCUGGCUCAGGAAGACACCUACGCCCUUCGAGCCGGCCACCAUCUUCCCCACACACUGAGUCUUGAGUCCACCAGCUAGCCAAUGUUACUUGGAGAAGCAAUGUUAAAUCUUGGGAAAGCAAUGUUAAAACUUGUAGAGAAGCAAUGUUGAAACGUGAAGAGCAACAGAUUUGUGUUAGUUAAAUGCCAGGUCCGUGGAGAUUUAUAAUAGUAUUGUGAUCUGAAUACACUGCGUUUGGGUGCAUGCAUACAAAAUCGUGUACGUUUUCUCUUAAAAUUACUCCUUCAGAUUCUGAGAGUGACAUCUUUCACAUCCACUGAAUUAAGCAAUACUUCACAUUUAUCAUCAGAUAUUGUCUUUUCACGAAAAAAUUUAUAUAAAAAUGUGUGUAAAUUGAAUAUUGUUUAGCAAGACUUUGUUAAUUUUAUUAUACAUCGGGAACGUCGGGCUUAGAACUGCACUCGUCACACGCCAAAGUCUAAUUACCCUACUGCUUUACUUGAGUUAAAAGAGAAACCCACAUGCUCGAUAACGGUCGUAUAUGUAAAAGUAGGACAGAAGGAAAUAACAAAGAUUGCAGGAAAUAGGAAUAUAAUAUAUUGCUCGCGUUUUAGACGAACAUAAUAACGCUAGUAUCAACCAUUUAAUUAUAAGUGUGUGACGUUGAUGUUAUUAAUGAUUAAAUUUGAUACCAAUACACAGAGAAGUGUAAAAUAAAUCAUGAUACCAUAAUCACACGGCUGUCGAUCAUUACAUUAUAUCAGUAUUACCUUCACAUCGAUUAUUUCACGCAUGUAAAUCAUGUGGGGCAAGAGAGCAUCCAAGACAAGCUGGAUUUCUUUUCACAAGAUUAUCCUUCACUUCAGUAUUUUAUUCUGUAUUAUAUGACGAUAGCCUAUAUAUUACAUUAUCUUUUUCGGGGUCUCGUAUAGAGACGUUUCUGUUGUUUUUGUUUUUUUCUUCUUUGUUUUUUAAAUGGGUUUUUUUUUUUUUUGCAUGUUACUUUCAUAACUAUUGUUUUCCUUUAGAUAUGGUGGCUGUACCGUCGGAAUUAAAGCUUAUCAAGAGUAUACCAAGGACUUGCAUGCACACUGUUUCUUAGUUAUUAGUUAUUUUCAUGUGCAUCUUGAUUUCGGGGGG